AUGAUUGCAACUGAACAGAGAUCCUUCACGUCCGACGGCGUGUCUGUGUACGGUGGAGUUGCGGCGGCAGGAGGCUGUCGACGAUGGAGGAGCUCUCGGAUCUGUUGGCUUUUGGAGGCGGUCGACGGUGGAGUUGCUCUCAGACUGUUGCCGGCGUGGAUGCCGGCCGGUGAUCCACUGCCGUUGCUCCCAUCACACCACCGCCUCCACCCACACGACGGGCACACCUCAGAACCCACCGUCGCCACUUUGGGACUGUGCCUCGUUCACGGUGAUAUUCCAACCGUCGAGCUCUUGGGAAGGAAGAAGAAAUAA